UACAACAAUGCCAGGGAAAGCCCAUGUUCCACAAUCUUUAAUUUUACUAAAUUUGAUUCUACGAAUUGAAGCACCUUAUACAUAUAUAUGCGAUUUUCAAGAUGUCAAAGUCUCUAUGUCCCCCGAUUAUGGUACAAUGAAAGUUGAAGUGAUCAACAACAUUGUGUUUAUAGAUACAAACAUAACACAAGCUAUUAAAAACCCUCAAUUUUACAUGUCCCUAAACGAACAAACAGGAAACCGGAUCACUCGAAGGAUAGUGAAAAUUUCUAUGAAAACGUGUGAUGUAGGCCGUUUAGCGGAAACGAAUCCAUUCAUAAACGUUAUAGCCAUUAUCGUACGAAAACACACAAAUCUUCCAUUUGUCUGCCCUCUGCCUGCUGGAAGAUAUUUUGUACGUAAUUUGACGGUAUCAAGUGAUUUUGUUCCACUACGACUAUUCUAUAAACCGAACAGUGUGAUAGUUCUUGACGGUUACUAUACAGCGGAAAAGUCAACUGGUAGGACGGUAACGUUCCUGAAAGCAAUUAUUAAGGCCAAAAUCUUAAAGAAAAAAAUCUGAAACAAUUGAU